AUGCGCAUUGGGAAUUCCGAGAACCCACUCGCCGGUAACGGCAAUCUGCGUUCUGGUGAGCCCGUGAUCUUUACUUCUGCAGAGGUUACGGACGCGACCUUGUUCCAUACUGAAGGGCCCAACGGCGCAGGGUACCUUGUUAAGAAGGGCGCAAAUAAUACUCUUGGGUGGUGGAGCCAACCUAUUUGGUUCCUUUAUGGGCUUGACGGCGAUGUAUACUACAGCCUGAUCAAGGUUUCUGACCUCGUCCUGGCCAAUGCCAAUGGAGAGAUUCAACAGCAAAUAGCCCACGCCAUUAGCUAUGCAGGUUUCAUUAUCCACUCGGUCCUGCAUGAGAUGCAACCAGACAUCAACGUCGCGGUCCAUUUACACUUGCCUCAUGGCGUUGCAUGGUCGUCUUUUGGGCGACCUGUAGAGAUGCUUGUACAGUACAUGUACUACUUCUACAAUGACCUGUUAGUCUAUAAAGGCUUUGGCGGAACUGUGCUCACCAAAGAGGAGGGACGUAAUCUGGCCAAUGCUCUGGGACCCCGAAAUGAAAACUUGAUUCUUCAGAACCACGGCAAUGUCGGGGAAGUUGCAAAGCUAUUCAUCGCAUUGGAGCGGACAUGUCAACGUCAGCUCAUAAUCGAAGCUGCCGCCGCCAAUGGCAUUCCGAAGAGAUAUAUUCACCGCGAUGAGGCAGAGUACUUUAAGUGCUACGACUACAUGCCCGAGAACACGUGCAUGUCAUUUCAGCCAAAGAAUCAAGUGAUUCUGGCAGAAACGAAGGGGUCGUUCUUAGAGUAG